CAUAUAUAUUUCCCCCUCUUCGCUGGGGGAAAAAAACCCAUCACUUUACUCACUCCCACUCUCUACGCCCAGCAUCGAGAUUCUCGUCCCGAGAUGCGCCCCCUCGUCCCCCUCGUCGUCCUCCUCCUCCUCUCCGCCGCCGUUCCCCUGUCCCGCGGGCACAACAUAACCCAAAUCCUGUCCCACCACCCAGACUUCUCGACCUUCAACCACUACCUCACCGCCAACCUCGCCGGCGAAAUCAACCGCCGCAGACCAUCACCGUCCUCGCCCUCAAACAACGCCGCCAUGUCCUCCGUCCUCUCCAAGCACCUCCCCCUCCAAACCCUAAAGAACCUCCUCUCCCUCCACGUCGUCGUCGACUACUUCGGCGCCAAGAAGCUCCACCAGAUCACCGGCGCACACGCUCUGGUCUCCACCGUGUUCCAGUCUCCGGCCAGGCUCAGGCAUGGCGGGGUUUGUUAACGUCAGCGCGCGGACCACCGCGGCGGACACGUGUCGUUCUCUGCCGACGGGUCCGAGGUCAGCUCGGCGUACGUGAAGAGCAUCAGGGAGAUCCCUUAUAACAUUUCCGUCGUUGAGAUCAGCAAGCCGCUGGUUUCUGAUGCCGCCGAGGCGCCUACUCCGUCGCCGGCUGACAUCGAUUUUAUCGACAUCAUGUCGAAAAAAGGAUGCAAAACAUUCGCCGAUCUCCUCACCGCCGAAAACGUCACCGAGACACUCAAGGACAAGGUUGACACCGGCCUGACAAUAUUCUGCCCAAUCGACCAAGCAAUGGAAGCGUUCAUGCCCAAAUUCAACAACCUAUCCGCCGAUCGCCAGACCUCCAUCCUCCUCUACCACGCGAUCGCCGAAUACAAAUCUAUGGAGAUGCUCAAAUCCGACACCGACGUAAUGCACACCCUCGCCACAGAAGGCAAAUCUCACAGCUACAACUUCACCGUCGAAAGUGCAGGCGAGGUUGUAACUUUAAAGACAAAGGUGACGACAGCGAGGGUCACGGGGACGCUUGUGGACGAGGACCCGCUGGCGGUAUAUACGAUUGACGAGGUGUUGGAGCCGAGGGAGUUGUUUAAGCCUGAGAAGACGAAGGCAAAGGAGAGAGUCCAGAGAAGGCGGGGAGAGGCGGGGAAGAGUAAGAAGAGGCAGGCGUGCACUGCCUUUGCCUUCAGCGCCGACGCCAGCGGGUCCUGA